AUGACCCACUCCUUCCCCUUUCCCGUCCUCGACUUGCGCGACCUCGAUGCGGGAGCCGAAUCCGCCGCUCGCCCGCACUUCCGCGGCUACACGCGCAUCGGCGGGGAGCGGACGGCCGGCAAGGUCGACUGGCGCGAGCAGAUCGACAUCUGGAGCGAGGACGCCGCGCUGUCUCCCACCGAGUUGGCGGACCUUCCGCCCUACUUCCGCAUGCUGGGCCCAAACCUGUGGCCUGCAGCGCUCCUUCAUUUCCGAGACGUAGUGCUCCAGUGGCAGGCGGCGGUCGUGCCAGCCGCGCAUAAGCUGUUGCGUGCGUGGGCUGAGGCGCUCGGCGCACCUCCGGACUAUUUCGACAAACACUUCACGCGACCCAGCACGCGCAUGAAGGUUGUCCGGUAUCCGGGGACGGAGGGGGAGGAGACCGGGACACUCGGCGUCGGCGCGCACAAGGACGGCGGGUGCCUCACGCUUCUCUGGGUUCAGCCAGGAGCCGGAGGGUUGCAGAUCCGACCAGGAGACGAGUGGGUCGACGCGCCGCCACUCGAGCACGGCUUCGUGUGCAACAUUGGCGAGAUGGUUGAGCGUGCGACCGCCGGAUAUCUAAAAGCGACGGUACACCGGGUUGUCGCGCCGCGGGCGCCGGCCGAGCGCAUUUCCGUGCCCAUGUUCUUCAAUCCUUCGCUUGACGCACGGUUCCCAGCCCUCGAGCUGCCUCCUGACCUCAGGAAGAGUGGCGAGUACCACCAGGACCCAGACGAUGUCAUACACGAGGUGUAUGGCGAUAACCUCCUCAAAAGCCGGUUACGCGCGCAUCCCGAUGUGGCAGCGAUACACCACCCCGACCUCGUCCAGAGCGGGGCGUACUAGAUGCAUGGGUUGU